AGAAGAGGAAGAGGCAAGGCGGAAGUUAUUGGUGAAGGCGCGAAGUUGAUGCUGAUCCUUCAGCUGUUUGAUGGAUCUGAUUGCUCCUGUGGCAGUUCCUCUGUGAUGUCUGAGUGGUUGAUGUUCUAGCGUGCUGAUUUCUGCUCAGAUCUCAGGUGUACUCACCUGUAAAACACCAUGGAGGUGGGUAAGGAGAGGGUCGUGGCCCUGGUGGAUAUGGACUGCUUUUAUGUGCAGGUGGAGCAGAGGUUUAACCCCAAGCUGAAGAACAAACCCUGUGUCGUGGCUCAAUACAAAACCUGGAAAGGAGGAGGUAUCAUAGCAGUCAGUUAUGAAGCCCGAGCUCAUGGUGUAACAAGAAACAUGUGGGCAAAUGAUGCCAAGAAACUGUGUCCAGAUCUUCAGGUGGCGAGAGUCCGAGAGUCUCAUGGGAAAGCUGAUCUAACCUGCUACAGGGAGGCCAGCGUGGAAGUGAUCGAGGUCAUGUCUCGAUUUGCAGUUAUUGAGAGAGCCAGCAUUGACGAAGCCUACAUGGACCUCACCAGCAGCGUCCAGAAAAGAGUAAAAGAUCUGCAAGUAUCUCAGAUAGACCAAGAACUUCUGAAGAACACUUACAUCCAAGGCUUUCCUGUUGCUUCUGAGUUGGAAGAUCUUCCAGUGGAUAAAGAGGAGCAGAGGUUGAAGGGACUGCAGCAGUGGCUCCACACGCUGCCUUCUUGCUUUCAACCAGGAUGUUCGGGUUACGCCGAGGUGUGUUUGGCCGUCGGAGCGAUGAUCGUGGAGGAAAUGAGAGCUGCUGUGGAGCAGGACACCGGAUUCCGCUGCUCUGCAGGAAUUUCUCAUAACAAGGUCCUGGCCAAGCUGGCGUGCGGACUCAACAAGCCGAACCGUCAGACCGUGCUUCCUCUCGGAUCGGUGUCUGAACUCUUCAUGACUCUGCCCAUCAGCAAAAUUCGCAAUUUAGGAGGGAAACUGGGCGUGUCCAUCACAGAGACUCUGGGAGUGGAGAAUAUCGGAGAGCUCACUCGGUUCACACGUGCACAGCUGGAGGAAAGCUUCGGAGAGAAAACUGGGUCGUGGCUGUACGACUUGUGCAGAGGUAUCGAGUUUGAGCCGGUGAAACCCAGGCAGCUUCCCAAAUCCAUCGGCUGCAGCAAGAACUUUCAGGGAAAAUCCGCUUUGGCUACAAAAACCCAGGUUCAGCACUGGCUGCAGCAGCUGGCACUUGAGCUGGAGGAACGGCUGAAUAAAGAUAAAGAGAUGAAUGGCCGAGUUGCUAAGCUGCUGACUGUGGGGGUUCGUCAGCCUGGAGAUAAAAAGCCCAUCAGCUUCUCCCGCUGCUUUGCUUUAGCGCGCUACGAGGCCUCGAAGAUCUCCUCUGACAGCUUUGCCAUCAUUAAGAGCCUUAAUGCUGCUGGCAGCCAUCAGGAAGCCUGGUCUCCUCCUCUCACUUGUCUCCACUUAUCUGCCAGUAAGUUCAAUGAGAGCUCCUCAGGAGGAAUCUCUAGUUUCUUCAGCAGUGAUGUCGCCUCAACGCAGUCGUGUCUAAAACCAAACGAGGAAGCUCCUAAAUCAGAAACGACGCCCAAGAAACCCAGCGGGAUCCAGGCCCUUUUUCAAAAAGCUGCCGAAAAGAAAAAAAGGAAAGCGGAUGAAAGUUUGACAGAUAAGGAACCCGUCGCCUUGUGUUCCUCGGAGAACCUUCCUGAAGGUACAGCCAGCGUGCUUCCUCGGCAAGCGGCAGCAGUUUCGAGUGUGUCGCGUUCUUCUUUUUUUCAAAGAAAGUCUCUGUGGAAAACCCCUCCCAGCUUCCUUCUAGAGAAACCUGUAGAAGAACCCACAGAAGACAAAUCUCAGGCGGAACGAUCUCCUCAGGGUUCUUCACACGCUUUAUCCGGCGCUGGGGAACAGAAUCGCGUAGAGAUCCAUGGAAACGAGGACUUUCACACCUGCGAGCGCUGCGGACAGGAAGUGUUAAUGUGGGAGAUCCCGGAACACAACGACUUUCACUAUGCACUCGAUCUGCAGAAUUCCCUCUCCUCCUCCUCCACGUCAUCUUCAUCAUUGUUUUCGGCCCCGGUCAUGGACACGGCAUCGUCAUCGCGUGAGAAGAGCAGACCCAGAACUCAGGCUGGACCUCAGGCUAAGAGAGCAAGGUCAUUAGACAACUCCAUCACUCUGGAUUCUUUCUUCAAGAAAGCUUAACUAUUUUAAAAAUCACUUUCUAUAAAUCACAGAUCACUGUCCAUAAUUGUAUAUAAAUCUACAUUUUUCUAAAUAAAUAUUUUAUGACUUACUACA